UGAACAGACAGUAAAGAUAUCGCAAGGGGCGUUAUAUUUGCCACUCAGAUAAUAUGUGGUGAUUAUAAGGCAGGAAAAUAUUACCGAAGCUGGUGUUAACUGAACGGUAGAAAAAUCGACAUGGCAGAUGUACCUGUAGUCACGUUAUUGCUGACAGUGAUCAUCAUGGUUUUGAUAUCACAGAGUGAAAGUAUAACCAUAGCAGAUAAGACAAAGAUUGAUAAAGGCCUUACAGCGGGACAUGAGAUUUUCAAUUAUAUAGCAGAUAAAAAGUUUUCAGAAUCCCUAACUAAAAUUUCUUCCGCAAUCGGACCAUUCUUGGGGGCAUUUGGUCCAUUUGUCAGCUUGGUUCUUACGUUUGUCCCAUCAUCGGAUACAGCAGUUGUGCAAUUGUUGACAGGGAUGAUGGACAGAAUCGAGAACAGAUUUGAUCAAGUAGAUUCACGUUUUGAUGAAAUAAAACGGCUGGUUGAAUGGACUGAUGAAGCGGUGAACUUUGGGCAAAUAGAACAGAAGAUAUGGGCGAUGAAUGUAGCAUAUAGGAGACUUUAUCGUGGAAAUGGAACUGGAGAAGCAGCAAAUAGGAAACAGGCAUAUAUUGAUGAAUUUGACAAUAAUUAUCAACAAAGUGGAAUAAACCUCUACCAUGCAAUAGUUAACAAACAUGGCACGUUUCAGGAAAAUCUUGGAGAAUCAAUAAUGCGUUUCACUGACUACGACCGCAAGAAGACACAAGAUUUUCUUCUUGGCAUUUUGCGACUCAUCUUGAAUGCGGCAAAAAUCGAAAUCGCUUACUACAAUGUGAAACAAUUCAACUCGAUUGCAGAGGAAAGGAAGUCUGAAUGGGAAACAAAGAUUCAAAGAGUGAAAUCUGAAUUUGAACAUAUCGAUAAGACAGUUAUUCAUCAGUGUCAUUCUCAAUCUAAAAAGGACAUCAAAAAGAUUUCUGCCGAUAAUUAUAAAAUGGGCAAUGAACAAUUUAGUAGUAAAUUGUAUGACAUGUUAACAGAGAAAUACUAUUGGCGUAAUUGGUUGGUCGUUGUUUAUGAUGAAGUACGUGGUUUUGACAAGCAUACCGUCAGCCAAUGUGGUGGAUAUAUAAAAUUUCGAAAAGACGGACGAAAUCUAGUUGUUGCAAGUUUGGACAAGAAUCAGGAUGUGCAACAAAUGUCUAGGCAAAGCGCACGAACGAAGUUGAUCAAAAAUGGAAAGUAUGCAAAGGAACUUGUAAAGGUGAUGGUUUUGCCUGCUGGGUAUCCCAAGCCUAAGAUUCCAUAUGCCAGGAUACUUUAUAAAAAGAUCGAUACAAAAAGCGCAUGUAGCACCAUUUCUAUUAUUUCAAGUGCGAAUGUCUGGCACAGGGGUCCUGUGAGCAAACUUGUUUUUCGCCAAUAUUAUGGUAACCUGCAAGCAAUUUUGUUUGGGAACUUUAAUACUUCCAAAAUAACUCCAAGCAGUAACUGGAUGUCAAUGUCUCGUCAAGACAUUAAAGAUUUAGCAUCCGAUUAUGAUCGCAUAAGCAACAAAUAUUUUAGUAGCAGAUUGUACGACAUGUUAAAGGAAAGGUAUUAUUGGCGCGAUUGGUUUGUAGUUGUAUACGAUGAUAUAAAGGGGUUUUCCAAGCAUACAGUUCGGAAAUGUGGUGGACAUAUUCUAUUUCGGCAAAAUAGAAGAAACAUAAUGGUGUCGAGCAUUGACAAGAAUAAGAGUGUUGGUACAAGGACAUUGCAAAGCGCAAAGUCAAGCUUGAAAAACAUUCCAUGGAAAGGGACGGGAGAUACAUUCGCAAAGAGAAUGUAUAACAAGAUCGAUAAGACAGAGGCGUGUGGUGUUGUUUCUGUUUUGACAAAUGCGCAUGUAUCGUACAGAGGUGAUAAAGACAAGAUUGCUUAUCGUAAUUUAAAGGGUCACUUACAUAUGAUCCUGUUUGGUAAAUUCAAAAACUAGAAGUUUUCAGAACAGAGAUUUUAGAGGACACUGAACCCACAAAUUGAAAACAAUUAAAAAAGUGAUAUCAACGUAGGUUCUGUAUUCAACUAUUUUCUCAGAUUGUAGUUUUUUAGCUAGAUUAGUUCCUUAUUUUGUACAUGUCGUGAUUUGAUACUAUUGUCAAUAAAAGAAAUUCAUAUAAUUCAAAAUAUUCAAAUCAGUGCUAAUCGGCGGAUUAUCUAGUUUUAUUUCUCGAUUUACAUCUACUUAUAAGUCACGAUGUGGAUUAUAAUUUGGCUCGAAGUUAUGGGAGAUAGUCUAGUUUGAGAAUGUGU